AUGAUCACAAAAUCAAUUGCUAAACUCAGCAAAUCUCUUCUCAAGAAUAAUAUCUCUGCUUUAGCUGGCUUUAACAACAAAGCUUUCUCUUCAUAAAAUCAAACGACCUCUUAAUCCGAGUCUGAAGAUUUCAGUUAGGAUCUAAAGUAAAAGAUCGAUCCUCUAAGAAACCAUGUAAAUGAUUUCCUUAGAAACACAAGUCAAUAUGAAGAUCAAAUAUAAGAUGUUUUAAUGCCCUACUAUUUUGAUAAAUCAAGUAGGUUAGCAGGCCAUUGCAGUGAGAAAGGCACAGACAGAUAUUACAGAAGAUCUUAAACUGGAGAGACAAACCUUGAAGUUCAUCCUGAGAAUUUUAAAUACCCUUAUGACAGUAAUCUCAAAUUAUCAAGUAUAGGCUAUGGAACUUAUAUUGGAGAUCCAGAUGACCUAACUGAUUAUUUGAUGUAUGAUGCAAUUAAAACUUCUGUUCUUAGUGGUGGGUUGAAUGUAAUUGAUACUUCUCCAAACUAUAGAUAUAUGAAAUCAGAGAAAACAGUGGGAAAGGUCCUCACAACUCUAGACUAGAAAUAUGGAAUUAAGAGAGAUGAGUUGUUUGUAGCAAGCAAAGUUGGGUAUGUUCCAGAAGAUGCAGAAAGAAUGAUUUCAGCCAGAGAAGCCAUAGAAACAUUAAUUUAGGAUUUGAAGGUUCCUGAAAGUGAAAUUGUCAAGGAAAGUGGCCAUUGCUUAAACCCAAUAUUUUUGAAACAACAACUCGAGAAUUCUCUUGAAAGAUUGAACCUAUAAUCAUUAGAUCUCUAUUACCUUCACAACCCAUAUGAAGCUUAAGGACCAUAUAAUACCGAUAAUGUGAUUUUCGAUAGAAUUACAAAAGCAUUUGAAUUUAUGGAGCAAUAAGUAUAAGCGGGUAAAAUUAGAAACUACGGUCUAGCGACAUAUUCUUCAUUCAGAGUGAAGCCAUCUGAGAAUAAGAUGCACUUAAGUCUUGAAAAAAUUCAUCAAUUAGCAGAAAAAGUAGGUGGGAAAAAUAAUCAUUUCAAGUACAUAUAAGUACCAAUAAAUGUGAUGAUGCCUGAAGCAUUCGUUGAAGCUUGGUAACCACACACUGAUGAUAAACAAGUCACCAAGAACAAGAUUUUACUGGGAUUGUGCAACGACCUUCAAUUAAAUGUAAUAUCGUCUCAACCUCUGCUCUAGGGUUACUUAGCGUAAAUUCCCUUAUCAAGAGCUCAUAAUAAUGUUUUCAAUAUCCCAGCAAGACAUCUACAAUUUGUGAGAAGUAUUCCAAGCAAAGCAUUAAAGUCAAGUAUUGUUGGCAUGAAAAGGAAUGAACAUGUUAGGGGAAAUCUAGAAGUAGUGAGAAAAGCAUUAAUGAAAAGAGAAGAAUUUUUCGACUCACUAAAGCCUCACAGAAGGCAAGAAUUCAUCGAGGAAGAAUUAGAUAUGUGA